AUGACCAAACCCAGAUUCAAGGGGAAGAGCGAUCUUACCCGCCAUCUUUACGGCAAAGAUGCCAGCCUCCCUGCUUUCUCUGCUCUAUACAAUGACCUGUUGCAUAAAGACGACGACUUCGUCGUCAACCUCAACCCAAGUGACUCGAUAUCAGACAUAGAUGUAAUGCUUGCAGUAGACCUCCUCAGGGACGAUUCUUCAUUGACCAGAGAAGGUGUCGCGUGCAAAAUCGAAGAGGCCUUUGCAAAGAAACAACACCAUGCCAAGAUCGAAAGUCUGAUCAACCUCACCGUACAAGUCAUGGUCAUGGUCGACUGUGCCGCCAAGGAGCGGCACUCAACAGGCUUCGCCGUCGGCGGAUACCGACCAAUCUCGUGGCUCCAGAGGGAGACCUUUCUCGAGUUCGUCACUCGGUCGUUCCCGGCGAACCUCGACCCGGCCGCGACGGAUAGGGCUGAGGCUGCCGUUGACGAGAAGGCGGCGCUGAAAGCAUGGAAGCUACAGAAGCGGCUCGGCGUGCGGUUUCGUGGAACCCACAACCUCUCCGAGCAUCUGCUGCUGGACCCCAGGAGUAACUGCCUCUACCUCUUCCACCACGCCGGGUUCCUCAAGGCACAGCUGAACAGAGCUCGGGACCAGGGCCAGUCGCUGAAUCACGGCAUGAGCGACAGCCUUCAGAGGCCUUUGAGCUGCCGAUUGACACCGGAGAAAAGGGGCACGUUGCCGCCCCAGCUCCUCGUGGAGACGCUGCACUCACUCCAGUCCAUCCUCUUUCCCUCCAUCGACCAAAAGUCGGCAGAGGUCCUCGACGACCUGACCAACAAGCGCGUCGGUGGCUUCGACCACGAGUGCACCGAGUACGAGGGUUACAAGAUCUUCCAAGACCCCCCGGAAGACUUUAGGUACGUCUACUGGGGAGAAAGACUCGCCCUUCUGCACGACAUGGUCAUGAGCCGGCCCCCGAGGAACAAGCUGGAGCGAUGGCUGCAUCGGCAGAGCAACGAGGGGAACGCGCUCUUCAUCGCUCUCGUGGCUCUCCUCAUAUCCAUCCUCGUGGGCAUCGUCAGCAUCGGCCUCGCGGCCGUGCAGAUAUGGAUCGCCUGGAUGGCGUGGAAGUACCCGACACCAGGCUCUCCAGGGUAG